AGCGGCCGCAAAAGGUUCCGUUAAUAUUGCUGUUUUCAAAUUUAAAUUAUCAGGAACUGCCAUUCUGUACGCACCACCUUUGUCGAUAAAGGAAGAUAAAACAUCAAACGAAAUGAAUCUACUUAAGAAAGUACUUCAAGAAGAUAAUAUUCAGAUUUGGUCCACUAGAUGUGGUAACCUUUCAAAUUCUCUAGAAAUGUUAUCUUCAAACGAAGACGUUACCAAAAUUUUGGGUGAAAAUAUGAUUUCAAAAGAGGUAAAAUUACAAGAUAUCAAUGAUGGAUUUAGCCUUGCAACUAGUGAAAAUGUUAUUAAAGUUACCGUAGAUGUCGA